AUCAGACUACAGCUCCCAGAAACCCGUGUUGUUUUGACUGGCAGCGCAGAACCACUGCAUGGAAUAACGUCAUUGCGCGCGCGCUUGUAAACGUCUCUAUCAGAGGGCAACUAAAAGGUUUAGAUUAGGUGAUAGAUACCAGCGUACUUGUUUAUACCAAGAAUGUUAUUCAUUAAAAAAAACAUUAGCUAUCAUGUUAAUUGUGUAGAUUUUAUACGUAGCUGAGGUCACGUACGCUGUCUGUCACAUAUUUUAUUCUAACAUCCGUCGCACCGUUCCAUGAACUGGGCUUUCUCGCAAGACUUUGCAUGAAGGAAGCCUAACCAUCAUCAUACGAUCUGUUUAUUUUGGGCCAUUGACACUGGUUACGGACUCGUCUGCUUUAGCAAAAAUGAUGUCGUUUCCAGAAUGGCGUCUGUCAUUGAAGCUGGUCGACCAACCGUCCUUUCCCAAGUCGGUGCUACAGUUUCCCGAGAGCGAGCCCGGGGACGUUCCUCCUGGAGGAUAUCGCGUGGCAACGCUGAAGCAGCUCGUGUCUGCGCAGUUACCUGAUGCCGUCCCAGACCCCGACCUCAUAGAUCUGGUGUACUGUGGAAGGAAGCUGAAGGAUGAUCUGACCUUAGACUCCUAUGGGAUCGAGUCUGGCUCCACGGUGCACAUACUCAGGAAGGCAUGGCCAGAGCCUGAGGCCCAAGCAGAGCCGGUAGACCGAGCAGCAGCUGCAAGGGAAUUCCGUGUUCUGCAAACAGCCAUUCACACAAGCACAGCUUACAGGGACUCGGUGUUUAAAAUGCUCAGUGACAAGGAGUCUUUGGACCAGAUCAUUGUGGCCACACCAGGCCUGAGCACUGACCCUGUGGCUAUGGGAGUACUUCAGGAUAAAGAUCUGUUUGUGCAGUUCACAGACCCAAGCAUGCUUGAUGUGCUGAGCAGCUCUCACCCGGCGCUGGUGAACGCCAUCGUGCUGGUGCUGCACUCGGUGGCGGGUAGUGUGCCAACGCCCACCAGCGGCCCGUCCUCCCGCACGCUCUCCUCCAGCUCAUACGCAGACGUGCCAGGAGGGUUUCUGUUUGAAGGCCUGUCUGACGAUGAUGAUGACAUGCCGUCGGGCAGUCGUGGUGGCGGUGGGCCCUCUACCAGCAGCGGGGCACCGGUGGGCAUGCGGCCAGUGACACUUGGGUACAGUGGCACUCUCGGGCCACGCCCCAUCACCCAGAGUGAGCUGGCGACCGCCCUGGCAUUGGCCAGCACCCCUGAGAGCAGUGCGGCCACACCCACCACUGCCAACCAGGGUCCCUCCUCAGGUGUGUCUCCUGUGCCGGCCGGCACCCCCAUCACCAGUGACCUCUUUAACCAAGCCUUGCAGCAGGCCCUACAGGUCUCCAACAUGUCCUCCCUGCAGAGCCAGUGGCAGUCCCAGCUGCAACAGCUGAGGGAUAUGGGCAUCAGGGACGAGGAGCUCAUCCUGAGAGCCCUGCAGGCCACCGGCGGAGACAUCCAGGCCGCGCUGGAGCUCAUCUUCGCUGGGGGAGCACCCUGUCACCCACCCCCCACCCCCCACCCCCCCAUCGAGCCAGCAUGGAACUCAUUUUCAAAAGGGGGGAUGCACACUGACUGA